UGUGUAAAGAUGGAAGAAUUUUUUAGUUAACUUGCCUAGGGCAUCUGAAGAUUUAUGUGCUUUUACCAGUACUUCAUCUCCGACUUCAUAUUUGAAUUUCUUUGUAGCCUUGUCAUGGUAUUUUUUCCUUUGUUUUGCGGAUUUGUCUAACCUAUUGCGAACCAGUUGGUAUAAGUUUGGGUUAGGUUUAUCCGGAUUUGGAAACUUGAUUAGGCUCUGAAUAAAUGAUUCGUUUCUUGUGCCAAAUAUAAUUUCGUGGGGAGUGUACCCGGUACUAUCACUCACACAGUUAUUAAUGCAGUGUUCUAGGAACGGUACAUAUUUGACCCAUUGUUGAUGACGGUGACUGCUAUAUGCCCUCAUAAAUCUUGAAAUUUCUUUCAUUUUUCUUUCCACUGGGUUUGCACUGGGAGUGUACGCCGAGACUCUUGACGUUUUAAUGCCGGCUUGUUCUAAAAUUUGUUUCCACUUGGCACUGCAAAAAUAGGUUGCGUUGUCUGACAAUAUGCGCUGUGGUUUACCAACUUCAUUGGUCCAUCUUUCGGUGAUGCAUUUGGCUAAUUUUUCACCAGUGAUUUUACCAAUAGGGAAGAACAUUGUAUAUUUUGAGAACAAGCAGGUUAAGACAAAAAUAAAGCGUUUUUGGUGUAUAGACUGAGGUAGUGGCCCAUAGAUGUCAGCUGAUAUUAAUUCAAGUGGUUGUGAGGGUAAGAUAGGUAUCAUUUCUCCUGCUAUAUGAAAACGGUUAUGCUUUGUUUUUUGACAGAUGUCGCAGGCUCUUAUUAACUGUGUAACCUUUUUGUUCAAUCCUUUGAAGUAACAACACGUUUUCAGGGCAUGUAUUGUUUUUCUUAUGCCAAAGUGACCAAUUCGUUCAUGUGCUUCCAAAAUUACGUCCUUUUCUAGGGUGUGUGGUAUGACUAGAUGCCAAAAAUCGGAGUUUUUAUUAGCCUUAUAAAACAAAUGGUCGUUGAAAACAGUGUAGCGUUGUAGAUACUGGUGCUCUUCUACUGGAGGGUUGGAUAACUUGCGAAUGAGAUCUGUGAUUUUAUUGUCCAUUGAUUGUGCGUUUUUAAAUUUUUCAGAUGUAAGGAGUUCGGUGUGCAGGAGCGGCGAUAUAUUGAAGGGUAACGGCACUGGUUGAUCUUCGGCUACAUAGCAUUGGAAUGUCGUUUCAUUUGCAUAGGUGUCACUUCCUUCUCUGGACAAGAAAUCAGCAGUUUGAUUUCGUUUACCUGGCAGGCAAGUCGGGUGAACCUGAGAUUUCGGCCGUUGAAGAGGAAGGACAGGUAAUCUCGAGAUUCUUCGGCCACUUGUACCUGCCAAUAUCCGGCGCUGAGGUCGACGGUGGAGUAUAUGGUCUUGCCAUGGAACGUCUGCAACACCUGAUCGAUCUGGGCGGGAGCUUCACGGUCGUCGUCGAGAAUCAUAUUCAGCUGGCGGGCGUCGAGACAGAGUCGGGUGGAGCCGUCCUUCUUCGAAACGCAGGUAAUACCAGGAAGGAGUAUGGGAAGCACUUUCCUUCGACUUGGAUCUCCAGGAGGCAUUGUUUAGAUAUUCGGAGACGACGUCCUGGUGUGACACCUGAUAGGUAGGUUGAGGUUAACGGUAAUGUGGCUAUUUCUGUUAUGUUUUUCAGGCGGGAAUAAGAAUCAUUCUGGAUUAAGCUAACUUGUGAUCCAGUAUCUAUGAGAGCUUUGAAUUGUAGGCUGGCUAUUUGUAUGGUUAUAUAGGUUUGAAAAUGUUCAUGUAUUUCUUGGAUGCUGGAGUUUUCUUCUUCUAGUAAGGUUUCUCUGAUGUUAUUAUAUAGUGUGGUAAGGCAGGUAGGUUCUUUUCCUGUAUCUGGAGCAGUGGGGUUGUCUAGAUUUUCCAUUCCAUUCAUUUUUGCAGGUUGGGUGGGCUUAAACCGUAUAGAGCGGCAACGACGGUAGAUUCCUCUGAGUUUCGGUUGUUUACCUUGGAUUAUUUCGACUGGCGGGGUUGACGGAUCAGUAUUUUUACUUGGCGGUUGUUCUUCUGCUAAUUGAUUAUCAUUUCUCUCCGUGUGUAGACAGGUGAUGGACGACUGUGGCGGGUGAUUUCCAUAUAGUCAUAUUUUCUGCGGCGUUGAUGACCCUUGUGUUUUCUCAGCCAUAUCCGAUUUUCUUCCCUGAUUUUCGUUGGGCGUCGUUUGAUGUUGAUUUGCGCUCGCAUUUCCCAUCCGGUUGUAGUUGUUGUUCCGGCUAUGCGCGGCGUUGUUGGAGUAUUGGUUACGGUGUUGGUUUAUACGGUCUCGUCCAUCAUGGUAGUACGCGUUUCUCCGGUUAGUAUCCGACUGCUGGUUGUAGUUCUGGAAAUUCCUCCUACUUUCUGGUUGGUUUUCUUUAUUUAAUCGCUGUUGAAAAUUUGUGUUGCGAUCCUGGUUAUUUGCAGAAUUAAAGGGACGACGGGCGUUAGAAAAGGGAGAAGUAUUUUGUUGGGGUUGAUGAUCUUGAUGCGGAUGCUCUUGUCGCACAGUGAAGUUGUAAUCUUCGCGAUGUACCGCUUGUAUUUCGUGGAGAUGAUUUUCCAAUUCUUUGAUGGUCUUAACAUGACUAGUCGCUAGUGCCAUCUGUACGGGGUAAGGCAGCUUCCGGAUAAUGAUCUGAGUGAGUGCUAACUCGGCAAAAGGUGUAUCUAGUUGUGAAUUUUGGUAUCUGAUGUUUGAUACGAAGGCGGUGCAUGUUUGGCCAUUUCUAGGUGAAUAUUUGCAGGAUACGAUAUCAGAUAAUAUAACUCGCUGUCGAUCUUGUCCCCAAUAUUGCUCUAGGAAAGCAUCUAUGAAUUCGGAUAAACUAUUAAAUUCGGCGGCGCGUCCGUGAAGGAAAAGUAAUGGUUCUCCAGACAACAGAGUAAAUAGUUUGAAUUUCCAUAUGGGCCAGGGUGUGGGGGUAAGUUCUUGAACAGAUCUCAGUUGUUCGACGAAGGGUUUUGGGGGCAUAGACGCCGGA